AUGGAGGAGGUGCAUUCUAUAUCCAACGAGGAGGUCUUUGAUCCCGCGGUGCAUCUCCAGUACAUCCCCCCGCAGAAGCAAAUCACUAUGCAAGACCUUCUGUUGCCCCUCGGCGAGGGCACGUCUCCCAUUGCGGGGACAGUUCCAUUCUCCUUGUUGUCUGCAAAAGGAAUACGAGCCUAUCGAAAGGCCAUGUUCCAGCAAGAAGUUUUGAGCAAAUGCUCAAGCUCCCCGUUCCCGGGGACGUUAGUCCUUCGAGACGCCGUGAAAUAUUCAAAGUUCAUCCAGGACUUCUGGACCCAUUCAGAAACUUUGCGAAUCGUCUCUGAAGCCGCCGGUGUGCCUCUGGAAAUUGUCAUGCCCACGGAGAUAGGCCAUACGAACAUCCAGGUGGAAGGCUCAACUAUCGACGAGAUGAAGCAGAACCUGAAAAUUGAGCCAACCAGCGAGAAGGUCGAGUUAAGCCCUGCGGAUCUCGCCUAUGAUCCGUUGAAAGAUGCAUCCGCCAUCAUUCCAUGGCACUAUGACUCAUACCCUUAUGUCUGCGUCUUGAUGCUGAGCGAAACCGACGGCAUGAUUGGAGGCGAAACCUAUAUCAAAAAGGGAGAUGGGACAACUCAAAAGGUGGAAGGGCCUCAGAUUGGCCAUGCGGUCAUUCUACAGGGUGGUGAAGUGCAGCACCUCGCCGCCCGUGCAAAAGGUGUCAAGGAGCGAAUUUCCACCAUAACCUCAUAUCGAUCGAAGUCACCCACCGUGUAUGAUUCCAGCUUCAUGACGAACAUUCGCCCCUACGCCGAUUUGAAAUCGCUCUAUCCAGAAUGGACUCAAUACCGCCUCCGUAAACUGAAAGAUGAGAUCGUGUACCAUUUGCAGCAGAUCGAAAAGGAGCCUACUCAUGUUCAAGAUCAAAAGGGCCUGGCGACUUUUGUUCAAAGUCAAAUUAGCUAUUUACAACAGACUUUACGCCAGAUGAUUACUCCCGAGUUUGAGGAAAAGACAAUUCACCGAUUCGGUAGAUCUGCUUACUACGAAGCCCCGAUGAUCUGGGAAAAAGUGCAGACGUUCCCAGCAUUUGAGGCGCUCGCCGCUUCUGCGGAUGACAAGCGCUGCUGGUUCCCGGAUAGUGAAUAUUGGAUGGACCUCCAGGCCUCGAUUGAACUGAUCAGAUUGAAGAAACCGCUCAAAGGUGCAAUGGGAUCCAAAACCUGGGCUGGGCGCCGUUACUACAUGGGCGAUGAGCUUCUUCGCCAAGGCCUGAAUGAGGUAUUCUUAGACUGGCUCGAGCACACGGGCCUAUGGACGAUGUAUUCCGAGUCACUUUCAUGA